CACGCGGCACCGGCCCCAUGGCUUCCCCCGCACCCUCCCCACUCCGCCGCCGCGGUGCGGGCGCUGCCGCGUUCGAUCCCGUUGCAAACCGGCCCUGAGCCGCAGCGGCCCCCGGUGUUUGCCUCGGCGGGGGCGGCCAGCGCAGCCCGCCCCGUCGGGUUAUGCCGGUGCGGGGAGUGCAGGCUGCCGGCCUCGCUCCCUCCGGCUGCGGUCGCGGCAGCGGAGCCCACCCGCGGCCGGCACCGUGAGAGCCCACAGGGGCCGGGCGCAUGCGUGGGGCCGGCGAGCCGCCGAUCCCGGCCGCCCAGCCCUCCGGGACAGGAGGGGAAGGGGAAGGGGGCGAGAACGUCCGUCGGGGCCCCGUCGCCGACACACCCAUGGGAUCAGAGAGGACGGAGAUGCGCAAACGGCAGAUGUCUACAACCCAGGACACCCCAGGUGCUGCACAGGCUCAGCUCAGCACAGGAAAUCGAGGGUCCAAUGCCUGCUGCUUUUGUUGGUGCUGUUGCUGCAGCUGUUCAUGCCUUACUGUUAGAAAUCAAGAAGAAGAGAGAGCAAGAACAACAUCUCAUGAACUACAAGCAGAGGGUAUUCCAAACUGUGAGGAAAGCCCUGCUCCUACUCUCGAAGAAGUAAAUGCCUGGGCUCAGUCAUUUGACAAGUUGAUGCUUACACCAGCUGGCAGAAAUGCUUUUCGUGAAUUUCUACGAACAGAAUUCAGCGAGGAAAACAUGCUUUUCUGGAUGGCCUGUGAGGAACUAAAGCAAGAAUCCAACAAAAGUGUCAUUGAAGAAAAAGCAAGACUAAUUUAUGAAGAUUAUAUUUCCAUCCUUUCUCCAAAAGAGGUCAGUCUGGACUCCAGAGUAAGAGAAGUGAUUAACCGAAAUAUGCUGGAACCCUCACAACACACCUUUGAUGACGCACAGCUUCAAAUCUAUACCUUAAUGCACAGAGACUCUUACCCACGGUUUAUGAACUCUGCUAUUUAUAAGGACUUGCUUCGGUCCUUAUCUGAAAAACCCAUUGAAGCAUAGAAUUUUUUUCUUAAAUGUAUUUAUUUUAAAACAAAUGGAACUCUGGGCUACACAAAUCCACAGGGAAUUUAGAAUUAAUCAGAUAUCUACCUGAAAAUAACUCAGGCAAGUUUUACUACAGACUGAAUUAUUUAAAUCCACACUGGCAGGCUCUGUCACAAUCAGCUAAAUACAGUUUCUGAUCAAAUUCAGCAUUACUUUGCAAAACGGAAUGAACACAAUGAAGAGAAGAUGUUGUUCAAAAAAUGCAGUAUUUUUUCAAACACAAAACACUAUUCAGAAUCAAAAUUGUUACAAUGUAUGUUUGAGGUACAAAUGCCAACUGAGCAUGAAAACUAAAAUUAAUUUUUAAGUGGAGUGUUAGAACUGUCUUGAAAACCAAACCAGCUUCCCUAUCUACACUGUGACCCAAGUAAAAAUAUUACUGUCAAUAUUGUGUUACUUACUCCAGGCAAUGCCAUCAUACCUGGCAUAGGUACACUCCACUUGUUUUGGUAUAAUUAACGUGUACACAGUGUGCUAAUGGAAAUCAGCACAGCAACCUCAAGUUUAUUAAAGUUACUGGUUGAAAUAAUGCUGCCUAUAAAAAAAAAAAAUCUUUUGAAGGGUUAUUAUUUUACUACUAAAAUCUGCUGAAAGCAUUAAGUUCCUAUUGUUGAUGUUUAUAAAGUUAAAUUAUUUACUUCAGAGGAAGAUGUGUCUGGGCAUUCAAAUUCCAAAAUAAAGCACAAGAAUUGUCACAUAUUAUUCUCUUCCCUCAGUAGGUAUGUGUAAAAUCCUUCACUAUUCAUACCCGUGAGGAUGGCACCAUCAGCCAUCUUGGUUUUGUACAUAUUAAAUUCUCCCAUUACCUGACAGAUCUUGUAAGGUUUCUGUUACACAUGCACACACACAAUUUAAUUAAUAAAAGCAGGAAGCUUGAACUGUUGUAUUCUGACAUAGCACUAUUUCAGACUGACAGCACUAGCUCUAUCCAGUAAUAAACCAUGUUCAAUUACUGGUA